AUGGCUAUCUUCGAACUUCUUGCCUCUCUCGACCUCCCUUCAUGGGCAGCAAUUGUACUAGCAGCCGUCGUCCUCGUACACCUCGUGCCCUAUGUACUCGACCCGCACGGCAUACGAGCUUAUCCGGGGCCCUUCUGGGCCAAGCUUACCGACCUCUGGCUGGGCAAGAUUGCGGCGGAUGGGCACCGUUCUGAACGGGUGCAUGAUCUGCACAAGAAAUACGGCCCCUUCGUCCGCAUCGCACCCAACCACCUCUCCAUCUCGGACCCGGACGCGCUGCCGGUUGUCUACGGACACGGCACGGGCACGCUCAAGUCGGACUUCUACGACGCGUUCGUGUCCGUCCAGCGCGGCCUCUUCAGCACGCGCUCGCGCCCGGAGCAUACGCGCAAGCGCAAGAUCGUCGCGCACAGCUUCUCGCAGAAGAGCGUGCACGAGUUCGAGCCCCAUGUGCGCGAGAACCUCUCGAAGCUCUUCAAGCAGUGGGACACGCUCUGCGAGGGUGGCGCUAAGGGCCUUUCUGGCAACGAAGGAGAGGGCGGCUGGCAGGGGCGCGAGGGCCGUGUGUGGUACGACUGCUUGCCGUGGUACAACUACCUCGCCUUCGAUAUCAUCGGCGACCUCGCGUUCGGCGCACCCUUUGGCAUGCUCACCUCGGGCAAGGACUCCGCACCCAUCGCAGUAUCGCAGGUGGACGCGAUGGCAGCGUACGGCCAAGGCGGCACCCUCAAGGUUAAGCAUGUUCCCGCCAUCCAGGUUAUCAACGAUCGCGGCGAGUACGCUGCGUCGGUAGGCGUUCUCCCGCCACACUGGCGUCCAUUUGUCAAGCGCUUGCCCUGGUACAACACUGGAGACAAGGCCGUGCAGAACCUGACGGGAAUGGCUAUCGCCGCCGUGGCACGCCGCAUGGAGGAAUCCGACAGCGACCACCGGGACCUCCUCGCGAAGCUCCGGGAGGCACGCGACGAAGACGGGAACCCCAUGGGUCGCGAGGAGCUCACCGCCGAGGCGCUCGCGCAACUCGUUGCAGGCUCAGACACGACUUCGAACUCCUCUUGCGCGAUCACCUACUAUCUCGCGAAGCACCAGCGCGUACAGGAAAAGCUCCAGCAGGAGCUCGACGAGGCGCUCGCCUCGGAGGAGGACGAGGUGGCGCUGUUCGAGCGGGUGAAGCACCUUCCCUACCUCGAGGCGGUGAUCAAUGAGGCCCUACGCAUCCACUCGACCGCGGGUGUCGGCCUACCGCGCGUCGUUCCCGCUGGAGGCCUCGAGGUCUGCGGCAAGUUCUUUCCAGAAGGCACCGUGCUGUCCGUGCCGGGUUACACUAUCCACCGCGACAAGGCCGUGUGGGGGGACGACGCGGACGAGUUCAGACCCGAGCGCUGGUUUGGGAAGGACAAAGCUGCGCUGCAGAAGGCGUUUGCUCCGUUCUCCGUUGGCCCUAGGAGCUGCGUCGGUCGGAACCUCGCCCACUUGGAGCUGCUCACUUUCGUCGCCUCGAUAUUCCGCCGCUAUAGCUUUGUGCUUGAGAACCCGGAUGAGCCCCUUCCGACCAACGAAGGUUUCUUGCGCAAGCCGCUGAAGUGCAAUGUUGGCAUGCAGCGCAGAAACGUGUAA